GCUAUCUUCCUCCAUCCUACCUUAUCCAUUACUGAAAUUCUGCAACUACAAUUUUCUCCAUCGAUAAACUCAAGCAUUUACAGAGAGCAGAAGCAAUCCUUUCAUGGUAACAACAGCACUCACAAUUCAUCUCUUUCUCUCUUCUUCUGCAAUUACUGUUUCAUUUAAACAACCACACAAAGAGAGAGAGAAAGAGACGAAUGCCAGCAUGUUUCUGCUCCUUCAAUCCACCUUCAACCUCUAUCUCAACCUUUAUCUCAAACCACCCACACCUCUCCAUUCUCGAAACCACCUGCCGAACAAUCACAGACCUCAAAAAAAUCCACGCCAGCCUCAUCAAAACCGGCCUAGCCAAAGAUACCAUCGCUGCUAGCAGACUCCUCGCCUUCUCCGCCGCCCGAGACCUCCAUUACGCGCUCUCCAUCUUCCGCCGCAUCGAAAAACCCAAUCAAUUCACUUGGAACACCGUAAUCCGAGGCUUCUCCCAGAGCUCGGACCCUAAUUUUGCGAUUUUACUCUUCCUCGAGACGCUGAAUUGCUCGGAAAUUCUCCCCGAACGCCGCACUUACCCUUCCGUUCUCAAGGCGUACGCUCAGCUGGGGCUGGCCGGAGAUGGAGCUCAGCUUCAUGGGAGAAUCGUGAAGGAAGGUUUGGAAUCGGAUCCAUUCAUUCGGAACUCAAUCAUUCACAUGUAUGAGAAUUGGGGGUUUCUUGAAAAUGCGUGGAAGCUGUUUGAUGUAAGUCUUGAGAGGGAUGUUGUGGCUUGGCACUCGAUGAUUAUGGGGCUUGCGAAGUGUGGGGAGAUUGAGGAAUCUUGGAGGUUGUUCUGCAAGAUCCCAUUUAGAAAUGAGAUCUCUUGGAAUAUGAUUAAGCCUACUGAGUUUACUCUGGUUAGUAUGUUGAAUGCUUGUGGGGAAUUGGGAGAUCUUGAGCAGGGGAGAUGGAUUCAUGACUACAUCAAGAUGAAUGAUCUUGAGAUGAAUGUGAUUGUUGCUACUGCCAUCGUAGACAUGUAUUGCAAGUGCGGGGACGUUGAGGCCACGCGAGUAGCAUUCAAGAAUGCUCCGAGGAAAGGGCUUUCGUGUUGGAACUCGAUGAUGCUAGGUUUGGCCACGAAUGGAUGUUACGAGGAAGUGUUUGAUAUGUUCAAUGAGCUCGAAUGUUCUAAUCUCCGGCCGGAUGGGGUGAGCUUCGUCGCUGUGCUGACGGCCUCGAGCCAUUCGUUGAGAGUGGACGAGGCGAGGAGGUACUUCAGGCUGUUGACAGAGGAGUAUGGGAUGGAGGCGAAGAUCGAGCACUGUGGCUGUAUGGUUGAUGCGCUGGGGAGGGCGGGGAUGGUGGAGGAGGCGGCCGAGUUUGUGGCGAGUAUGCCUAUGGAACCGGACGUUGUCGUGUGGGGUUCUCUGCUUGCGGCGUGCAGGAACCACGGCGGGAGCGUUGAGGUCGCGGAGUGGGCUGCGAGGAACUUGAGGCUGUUGGAUGGGACGGAGACGAGCGCGCACGUGCUGAUGCCAAACGUGUAUGCGGGGUCGGGUGAUUUCGAGAAGGCGGUCGAGGAAAGGAAGGAGAUGGAGAAGGAACCUGGUUGUAGUUUGAUUGAAGUGAAUGGGGAGGUUCAUGAGUUUGUAGCUGCUGGGAAUUGGCAUUGUCUGAUGUAGAUGAGAUUAUAAUGAUCUGUGUUAUGUGUUCAAUAAUUAUGUUUUUUCUUUUUUGUGGUAACAUGAAAUUGAGAACGGAAAAAAUAUUUCCAUUUGGAAUUGAA